GUGGGUUGGCCGUUUGAACCUGGCAUCUUUCAGAAUUUGAGAAUAGUUAUUGGAAGCGAGAGAAGAGUAGAGCGGGGAGUUCCACGGAGAAAGUAUCUGAGAUUUGUAUUGGAACUCAGCGGAAUGAGCUCUAGCUGUGGGGGCUUAAAAUGGAGAGUCUGGGUUUGGUCUGAGGAAGCGUCUCAGAGAGGAAUGAAAGGAGGCUUCAGAUCCAGAGCGGGCUUUCCAGAAGGGGAGCCCCGGGCUCCUAAUAGGUCUUAGUAGGCUGCAGACUCCUAGAUGUAGAAGAGUAUAAUUGAAAAAAUGAGGCCUCUCUAUUUAAAAUGCUACGGGGAUCAGAUUGGGAGAUGUCACUCUACCUCACUUUCCCCGUGGUUAUGUUUUGGAUCUCCAAUCAGGCAGAGUGGUUUGAGGACUAUGUUGUCCAGCGCAAGAGGGAGCUGUGGCCACCAGAGAAGGAGGCUCAGCGCCAGGAGCUAGAAGAAUUCAAACAGAAGGUCCGGAAGCAGAGGGAAGAGAGACUUCUUCAGGCUGCUCAGCAGAGCUCCUGAGACCUUCAAGUAUUCAAGUCUCGGCCCCUCCACCCAGGAAAUAACACACACUGAAUUCUUUGUUUCUAGUACCAAGAGUUUUAUUGUUGUCUUCAGGGGCCAGUGAGGCCCAGGAUGGCUAGAACGCUCAAGGAGCUUGUGUCUGGGGUUGGGGGCUGCUGUUCCUGCGGAAGCUGAGUGCAGCAGGGUCCUGAGGGGUGAGCAGGGGUUGAGGGCUGAGGGUCCCGGGUCGUUUCUGCAUUCCAUCCUGCAGAUGAAGAAGGGUCAGACAGAGGGAGGAGACCAAGGAAAGUGCAAGCCAGAGAAGCCUUCAGACAACACUUCUUUUUGUCUGCCUUCAUCUGCCAGUCAGUGUGGUAUUUGGUAUGAGACAGUCAACUCUCAGUGGGGUCUUGAUCAGAACCUGAGCUGUUGGUUUACAUCUUUAAUCCUAGCGCUCAAGAAGCAAAGGCAGGAGAAUUAUCUCAAGUUCAAAGCCAACCUGGCCUACAUAAAAAGUCCCAGGCUCACAACCCUGUCUCCAAACCAAACAAAUAAAUGGGCUGAGAAGAUAAGGUAGUCAUUAAAAUCCUUGCUGUGUGCACUUGAAGACCUGAGUUUAAUCCUCAGCAUCAAAAUGAAAAACCAGAUGUGGUUUUAUUCACUUGUAAUUUCAGGGCUUGAUUAGAGUCAGGAGGAGCCCUAAGGCUUCCUGGCCAGCGAACCUGGUCUACUUGGUGAGUUCCAGGGCAGUGAAAGAUCCUGUUUCAAAUGGUGAUGGCGACCGAGGAACAGUAUCUGAAGUUAACUUCUGGCCCCCGCCUGCAUGUGUGCACAUGGACCUCUAACAUGUUUGUUAGUGUACUCAGACACAGAGCUGGGGGUGUAGCCCAGUUGACAGAAUGCAACAAAGCUCCGGAUUCCAUCCCUAACCACACAGCCCACUCCUGGUGGCUCACCCGUAAUCCCAGCACUAAGGAGGUACAUGUAGGAAAAUUAGAAGUCCAAAGUCAUCAUUGGCUGGUGGGUUUGAGGCCAACGGAGCUACAUAAAACACUAUCUCAAAAACAAAAAUACCCUCAAACAGAACCCAUGCUCUUUGUUAAUACGUGGGUGUGUGAGCUCAUCUGCCCUUCUCCAGGAGCAUCACCAUAGGAAAACUAUCUGUUUUCUCCCCGAGGCCCCUCCCAGGUACACAGAUGUCGUGGCAGUUGUAACUUCCAGCCAUCAUUCUGAUACCAGCACAAGUCCUGCAUGAUGUUAAGCCCCCUGACAUCCACAUCCAUCUGCGCUUUCCUCUUCCAGAGUUAGAGACAGGGUCCCGUCCUAUCUUGGCUGGAGAUGGGCGUAAUCUAGAGAGCUGUACUGCUUCACUCUACAG